CACUGGGGCAGGGCCCAGAUGGGGAUAAAAGGCUUUGCUGGCUCUACUAGGAAGUGACACCGUGCUCCCUCCUUUGGGCACCACAAAGGGACCUGAGGACCUGAGGACCUGAGGACCUGCGCCUGCUCAGCAUCCUCCUGCAGACCCUGCCUCGUCCUGGCUCCACGUCCCGGAGGGGCUGGGUCUCCGUCUCAGUGGCUCUCCCUCUGCCUCAGCCCUGGCCUCUGGCUUCCCUCUCUCCCACUCUCUCUCCCCAUUUGCCAACCCCUCGCCAGCCCCAGAAUGUUCCUCCUGCUGGCAGCCCUCCAAGUCCUGGCUGUAGCCACGGCCCAGGGCCCUGAGGAUGAUAACAAGGUAAUCGGUGGCUACACCUGCGUCCAGAACUCCCAGCCGUGGCAGGUGGCUCUUCUGGCUGGGCCCGGGCGUCGGUUCUUGUGUGGAGGGGUCCUGUUGUCGGACCAGUGGGUCAUCACUGCUGCUCAUUGCGCCCGCCCGAUCCUUCAUGUUGCCUUGGGCAAGCACAACCUGAAGAAGUGGGAGGCCACCCAGCAGGUGCUGCGCGUGGAGCGCCAGGUGCCACACCCCCGCUACAACGCCCGGACCCACGACAGCGACCUGAUGCUGCUGCGGCUGAGCCAGCGAGCACGGAUCGGGAGGGCAGUGAGACCAAUCAGCCUGGCCCAGUCCUGUGCCAGCCCAGGGACGUCCUGCCGUGUGUCAGGCUGGGGCACUACAUCCAGCCCUAUCGCCAGGUACCCCAAUGCUCUGCAAUGCGUGAAUAUCAACAUCAUCUCGAGUCCCCAGUGCCAGCGGGCCUAUCCUAACAUCACCGCCGGCAUGGUCUGUGCUGGAGUCCCCCAGGGCGGGAAGGACUCUUGUCAGGGUGACUCUGGGGGGCCCCUUGUGUGCGGAGGACAGCUCCAGGGCCUCGUGUCCUGGGGGAUGGAGCGCUGCGCCCUGCCUGGCUACCCUGGGGUCUACACCAACCUGUGCAAGUACCGCAGCUGGAUCCAGAGAACGGAGCAGGGCCACGCCCUGGAGAGCCUUGCUCUGACGAGUGGCUGGCUGGGCCGGGUGCGGCUCCAGGGACCAGCUGCCCUCUCCUUGCCUGGUGCCCUGCGGUGUGACUUGGAUCGGGGCCGCCUCGGUCUCCUCUCCUCGAUGCUGAGUUCCCCUUCAUUCCAUGCAUCCCGGGAAAACAUGCAGGGCCCAGGGAGACCCAGGGUCCCCAGAGAGGGGCGAGAGGGUCUGAGCGGAGCAUGCAGGGCAGCUUGGAAGUGGCGCAUGCACUGUGAACCCCGCUCCUGGUCCCGCCCACCCUGUCCCCGGGGCCCCGAACCCGCCAUGUGGCCCCUGGCCGCUGCCGUCGCCUGCCUGACCCUGGCCCUGUCAGGAGGCAUCUCCCAGGAGUAUCCUAAGAUUCUGAAUGGCACCAAUGGGACCAGUGGGUUUCUACCUGGUGGCUACACCUGCCUGCCCCACUCCCAGCCCUGGCAGGCAGCCCUGCUGGUGAGAAGGCGGCUCCUCUGUGGGGGAGUCCUGGUCCACCCGAAGUGGGUCCUCACUGCUGCACACUGCAUGAAAGCCGGGUACACAGUUCACCUAGGCAAGCACGUCCUGGGGCGCGUGGAGACCCGCGAGCAGGUGAGGGAGGUGGCCCGCUCUGUCCCCCACCCCGAAUACCAGGUCAGCCCCACCCACCUGAACCACGACAACGACAUCAUGCUUCUGGAGCUGGCGAGCCCGGUCCAGCUGACAGGCCACAUCCGCACCCUGCCCCUUUCCCGCAGUGACUGCCUGCCCCCCGGGACCUGCUGUCGGGUGUCGGGCUGGGGCACCACCACCAGCCCCCAGGUGAGUUACCCCAAAACCCUGCAGUGUGCGAACAUCCCACUACGCUCAGACGAGGAGUGCCGUCGGGUCUACCCGGGGAAGAUCACUGCUAACAUGCUGUGUGCUGGCUCCAAAGAGGGGGGAAAAGACUCCUGCGAGGGUGACUCCGGGGGCCCCCUGGUAUGCAAUGGCACACUCCAUGGCAUCAUCUCCUGGGGAGACUUCCCAUGUGGACAGCCCAACCGACCUGGCGUCUACACUCGAGUCUCCAAAUAUGUCUCGUGGAUCCAUGAAACAAUCAAAAAACACAAAACCCAGGAGCAGAAAUGGACAAAGGGCGCACAAUAAAAGCUGGGUUGAUUUACCUACCUUCCUGCUCCCGCCACGUCCCCCUCACUUUGCUGAGCCCUUCUCUGCCCUCCCCUGAGUGUCCUACUGAGACCCUGAUCCGUGAUCGCAGCAUGUUCAGUCUUAGCAAUC